UUUAACGCUGCGUGGAAGAUGAGGAGCGGGAAGGCCUCCUGUGCCCUGGAGACGGUCUGGGAGGACAAGCAGAAGUAUGGGGAAGCCGAGCGGCGCUUCUACGAGCACGAGGCCAUGAGAGCCGCCGCCCAGCAGCCUCCGGCCGAGGCACUGGCAGUGAACGGGCCGGGCCGGGAGGAUGAGGCCGAGGAGGCGGACGCCCCCAACGGCAACGGCAGCAGCGAGGCGGGGAAGAGCCACAACGGGAAGAAGCCGUUGCAGAAGCCGAGGAUGCGCUCCCCGAAGGGCUGGCUCAGCCAGGCGGACCUGGCCCUCGUGGGCCUCUCAGCCGACCACGUUUGGCUGGACAAGCCGCUUUUCGACCAGGCGGAGAGCUCAUACCGCCAGAGGCUGGCAGAUGCAGCCGCCCAGGCAGCCCGGCCCCCCGCCCUGGCCCCUGGGGCCCUCUGCGCCCACGGAAGCCAGGUGGCCUGCCACCACGUGACCUGGGGCGUCUGGGUCAACAAGUCUUCCUUUGACCAGGCUGAGCGGGUGUUCGUGGAGUGGUCUCAGGCCUUGCUGCUGGCCGCGGAGGGGAGCGGCGGGCAGGGGGCUCCUGACACGGGCCAGUGGGCGGCCGCCCCCGACUUGCGCCUCAUCCGCCAGCCCAGCCCAACAGCCAACGGCCAGCCCCCGCUGGGCAGCCUGCAGGCGCUGGUGCGGGAGGUGUGGCUGGAGAAGCCCCGCUACGACGCGGCCGAGAGGGUCUUCUAUGAGGCCCUGUUUGACGGCCACCCCGCUGGGAAAGGGCGCCUUCAGGAGCGAGCCGGUCAGGCUGAGGUCGCCCGGCGCGGCCGCAGAGACCGGCGGGGCCGCAGCGCCAUGGGAAGCCGGCGGCUCGGGCCGCGGCGGGUGGACGGGGAGGCCCCCUCUGCCCUGCCCUACCGGUACUUCCUGCACAAGGACGCCGAGGCCCCCUGGCUCAGCAAGCCGGCCUACGACAGCGCAGAGUGCCGCCACCACGCCGCCGAGGCCCUGCGCAUGGCCUGGCGCCUCGAAGCUCCGUCCCUGGUUCACCGACGCAGCGCCCGGUCUGGCCCUUCCAUGUCCAGCCUGAGACCCAAAAAAAUGGCCACAAACUUUCUAGUGCACGAGAAGAUCUGGUUUGACAAGUUCAAAUAUGACGACGCAGAAAGGAAAUUCUACGAGCAGAUGAACGGGCCUGUGGCCGGCGGCUCACGCCAGGAGGAUGGCGCCAGCGUGAUCCUCCGUGACAUCGCGAGAGCCAGAGAAAACAUCCAGAAGUCCCUGGCCGGAAGCUCAGGCCCUGGGGCGUCCAGCGGGCCCAGUGGAGACCACAGUGAGCUGGUCAUCCGGAUUGCCAGCCUGGAAGUGGAGAACCAGAGCCUGCGAGGGGUGGUGCAGGAUCUGCAGCAGGCUGUCUCCCAGCUGGAGGCCCGGCUGAGCACGCUAGAGAAGAGCUCGCCCGCCCACCGGGCCACAGCUCCGCAGACCCAGCACGUGUCUCCCAUGCGCCAAGUGGAGCCCCCCACCAGGAAGGUGGCCACCGCCACAGAGGACGACGAGGACGACGACAUUGACCUCUUCGGCAGCGACGAGGAGGCGGACGAGGAGGCGGCCCGGCUGCGGGAGGAGCGGCUGCGGCAGUACGCCGAGAAGAAGGCCGCCAAGCCCGCCCUGGUGGCCAAGUCCUCCAUCCUCCUGGACGUCAAGCCUUGGGAUGACGAGACGGACAUGGCCCAGCUGGAGGCCUGCGUGCGCUCCAUCCAGCUGGAUGGGCUGACCUGGGGGGGCUCCAAGCUGGUGCCCGUGGGCUACGGCAUCCACAAGCUGCAGAUCCAGUGUGUAGUGGAGGACGACAAGGUGGGCACGGACCUGCUGGAAGAGGAGAUCACCAAGUUUGAGGAGCACGUGCAGAGCGUUGACAUUGCUGCUUUCAACAAGAUCUGAGCCCUGGCACUGGCCUGAGCGUGUCAAGCUUUGCAGCCAAUAAAGACUGAGAUUCCA